GGCCUGCGCCGCCUGGCAACACAGUCGGGCGGCGGGGCAAAAUGCUGGGGAAGCGCGUCCCGCGCUCCCUGGCAACACCGAGGCGCCCGCCGCGCAUCACGCCACCUGCGCGCGAGCCAAUCGCAGGCGGCGAUUCAAACUGCGCCUUGCGUCAUCCAACGGGAGGCCGCCACGGUGACGCCGGCGCGCUGGAGAAGGGGCGACGACGGAGGCGUCGAGAGCGGCGCUCGUCCACUUGGCUUCACGGGCCGUCGAGAUCAACACCACUGCCGAUACGUAACGGGUCCAACGAAUCUCUGCAGUCUAAAUUGACCCGUUACAUCGCGAUCUAUUCGUCGUCUCGUCGCGUCAAGAAUCGUCGAGAAUCGUCGGUCGGCACGUGGAGCAAGUGCCGCAGCCCGCCAUCUAUCCAGUCGGGCUGCGUAACCGCAUCGAGACUGCAGGAGGCGAAGGACCCGGACAAGCAGCCUCAGGAGCCCGGUGAAGACGGCGACACGUCAACCGAAGGUCUAGCCCAGGAGAGUAAGCCUUGAUCCUUUCUAAUUUCCUUUCUCAAUCUCGAUCCUCGUGCUCUUGCGCUGUGAAAUAGCGGGCGGCUAGCUAUUCGAGCGUCGGGGGGCUUCUCCGGCAAAGCAGUGCCACGUGGUGGCAAAGGCGCCAUAAACUGGCCAAACUGCUAGGUUAUAUUGCACGUGGGUUGUGUUUUUUUGAAUUGGGUUACGCUUAUUACAUGCUAAGUGGCAUUUUUCUCCAUUAUUCAUUUGUUGCACAUACCAUUGUUAAAUCAAGUCACCCGCACCCACGCUAAGCAUAACCACAUUUUAUUUUUCCGAAGCACGGCAAGCUUGCAUUCGAAGUGCACGCAUUUAUUUUCAAGGUUAUUGCCUAUUACACCUGCCUAAAGUUCACGCACGCGCGCGAACUAGUGCACGCACAUUUCUUUGCUUGGUGAACCAGCAUUGCGGCCGACUAUUUCAGAGUUCCUGCCAUACGGCAACGGUUCCGGUCCAGCUUCGCAGCCCCAACGGCACGGCGGAUUCCCUCGGCACGCCUGUUACAUCGGGUUGCGGCCGACGCUGCGGCGCGGGAGUCGGGUGACCACGUGUUGGAGCGGCGCAUAAUAUUGUCAGGUUCACUGCACAUUUAUUUAUUCAGCUCAUUGUAUUGCAUUAGGUUGUGUUUCUUGUAAGCGUAUAUAUAAAUUAGCAAAAUGACCGAUGCAGAUACUGACCAGAAGGUCAACUUUAAAGAGUUAAUUAAAAGGCGUGGCACUAUUAAGGGCAGGUUAACUAAAUUCAUAGACUAUCUAAGUACUAUUCAAAAGAUAAAGGCUAGUGAUAUUACAAGCUUACAAACAAAAGAGCUCUCAUUGAGGCUAAGCAAAUUUCAAGAUUUGUUCAAAACGUUUGAUGAGUUACAGUCUGAAAUAGAAUCCAUAUGUUCUGAUGUAGAUGAACAAUUAGACGAAAGAGAGUCUACUGAGCGCCAAUUUUACUCAGCUCUCUCUGUAGCGCAAGAACUGAUUGAGGCUACCCCGUCUACCAUUAAUAAGGCCAAUAGCGUCGACCAACAAAGUAAUUGUUCUCACCAACAAAGUAAUUGUUCUCAUGCAUUUAAUGGAAUAAAACUACCCACCAUACACCUCCCAAAGUUUGAUGGAAACAUGUUAACAUGGUUAGAAUUUAAGGAUACUUUUGAUUCCAUUAUUAACUGCAAUAAUUCAAUUCCAGAAAUUAAUAAAUUCCAUUAUUUAAGAUCGGCUUUGGAAGGUAGUGCCAGGGGAGUAAUUAAGGCCAUAGAGUUUACCUCUAGUAACUACAAAUUAGCAUGGGAAUUACUAUGUGAACGGUAUGAUAAUAAGAAUGUUCUUAUAAAUAAUCAUCUUAAGUCUUUAGUGACUGUUGAAAGGUGUAGUAAGGAAUCUUAUAAGGCAUUAAGGUAUUUAGUAGACCAUAUGUCAAAGAAUUUGAGAGCGCUGGAUACUUUGGGUCAACCGACUGACAAGUGGGACGCACUAGUUAUUUUCAUUAUAGCAUCCAAAUUAGACUCGGUCACUUACACUAAGUGGGAAGAGUACCGGGCUACAUUGACAGAUUAUCAUAAAUUAGAAAACUUUACAAUGUUUUUAAGAAAUCGUGCAGACAUAUUAGAAACUAUGCAUUUUGCUAACAUGGUUCACACAGACAAAGGUGACCGAAGGUCAAAUUACCCUAGGGAGUCUAAAGUUAACAAAGCAUUUGUCGCUUCCAGUGAACAUGGUGCCAGUGCAAAGUGUUAUAUCUGUCGCGAUGACCACCAGUUACAUGGAUGUCCCAAGUUUAAAAAUAUGAGCAUAGAGGAUAGGCUAUCUGAAAUUAGUAGAUUAAAAUUAUGUAAAAAUUGCCUCAAGAGUGGUCAUAAUUCAUUCCAGUGCAAGUCCAGGCCUAUGUGUCGUGUUUGUAAAAAGAAACAUAAUUCAUUAAUACAUAAAAACGAGCCAAUUGUAUCUAAUGCUAUACAAGACUCUACGGAGGUCUCUAACUUACCUGUGUCACUUUCAGUUGCAGCGGCAGGUCAAGUUUUGUUAGGUACGGCUAUUGUAGACAUAGUAAAUAGGCAAACCGGUGAAAUCUAUCAGGCGAGAGCAUUACUAGAUACUGGCAGUCAGAUGUCCUUUAUAACUAGUGUAAUGAAGGAAAGGCUUAACUUAGUUAGUGACAAAUCGCGUUCAAUUCAUGUGGCUGGCAUUAAUAAUUCAAUUUCAAAUAUUUCAGAAAGGGUAAAGGUUGAGAUUAAAUCGCGUAUAAGUGAGUUCUGCAUACCAAUUGACUGUCUUGUUGUACCAAAUAUCAUAGGUACUUUGCCAAAUGUACAGGUCAACGUUCAGCAACUGGCCAUACCGAAGGAAUUUAGGCUAGCUGAUCCAACUUUCUAUAAGCCAUCUCAGAUAGACAUUUUAAUCGGUGCAGAUGUAUAUUGGUCCAUUGUAAAUGCGAAUCAUAUAUAUUUAGGUAAAAACAAACCUGCCCUACAAGAUACCAAGUUAGGUUGGUUAGUGUCAGGCCCUACUGGGCAAGAUAGGCUAAAAUCCCUCAAAGUAACUUGUAGUUUUAGUCAAGAAUUACAGGAUGACUUAAAAAGGUUUUGGGAAAUAGAAGAGAGUUAUUCUGAACAAUUUGCUCGUUCACCCGAUGAACAUUUUUGUGAAAGGCACUUUGUGGAAACUACUAAACGCCUAGCUAACGGUAGGUUUUCAGUGUUAAUGCCUCUAAAGGAAGAACCUAAAUGUGCUCUAGGAGAUUCUUAUGCUAUGGCUAAAAAGAGACUUCUAAAGUUAGAGACUAGGUUAGAUAAGAAUCCUGAGUUAAAAGACGCUUAUUCAAAAUUCAUUAAUGAAUAUAAGGAAUUAGGUCACCUAACUGAGAUUGCCAGGCCACAGUUUGGUGUGUAUCUUCCCCACCACUGCAUUAUUAAGGAGCAUCAUGAGACCACUAAGGUUAGAGUAGUUUUCGACGCGUCUGCUAAAACUACCUCAGGGAAGUCGCUAAACGAUAUUCAAGCAGUAGGUCCAGUCAUCCAGAGCGACUUACUGUCUAUAUUAUUACGCUUCAGAGAGCAUAGGUUUGUCCUAACUGGAGAUAUUGCUAAAAUGUACAGAAUGAUUGCCAUAGAUGAGUCUCAACGCCAUCUGCAAUUAAUACUGUGGCGCUGUGAGAAAACGCACAAUAUUGUAGUAUAUCAGUUGAAUACAGUAACUUAUGGUACAGCAUCUGCGCCAUUCCUUAGUACUAGGUGUCUUCAACAACUAGCGCUAGAGUGUGGUGAUGAAAUUAUAAAAGAAACCAUGCUAACUGACUUCUACAUCGAUGAUUUGAGUACGGGUUGUGCCUCAGCAAAUCAGCUGACACAUAUCUUUAAGAGCAUCACGCGAGUUUUAGAGUCAGCCGGUUUCAUACUUAGGAAAUUUCGUACCAACUGUCCACAGAUAUUUGAGCACGAACAGGUUAAUAGUGAUACUUUAGAACUGUGCAAAGAAUCGGCUGUGCUAGGAUUAAACUGGUCUCCAGUCAAUGACUCAAUUCAAUUUUCCACCAAUGUGCCACUUGCUUCUCAGAUAACUAAAAGAACUAUUAUCUCUAUGACAUGCAAAAUAUUUGAUCCACUAGGAUUAUUGAGUGCAGCAAUUAUCAAACCAAAAAUCUUACUUCAAAAGUUAUGGUGUGCCAAAUUACAGUGGGACGAGCCAAUACCCAAGGAACUGGCAAAAGAUUGGCUAAAUUUCAGCAAUAAUUUGUCUUAUUUGUAUAAUAUACAUCUGCCUAGGUAUGUAUUGUGUGAAGGGCCAGAAUACAUUGAAUUGCAUUGUUUCGUAGAUGCCUCACAAGCUGCAUUUGGAGCGUGCAUUUAUUUAAGGUCUAGAGAUAGCAAACAUAAGCAUACAUCACGCCUUUUAUGUGCAAAAGCUCGGGUAGCACCCAUUAAACCAUUGACUAUACCUAGAUUAGAAUUAUGUGGAGCGCUCCUCGGAGCUAGACUUUGUCAGAAGGUUAGUGAAUCCUUAAAAUGUAAAAUAAAUAAGAAAAUAAUAUGGACCGACUCCACUGUAGUGUUAGGAUGGUUAAAAAUGCAGCCAAGUCUACUAAAAACCUUUGUACGAAAUAGAGUGAACGAAAUUCAAGAGCUAACAGCUGAUUAUCAAUGGUUUCAUGUUCCCACUAGCUUGAACCCUGCUGACAUGGCUUCAAGAGGGGUAGACCCGCAGGUGUUGAAUAGUUCUACUCUUUGGUGGGAAGGCCCUCCCUUCUUAAAACAAGAGGACUGCGAGUGGCCCACCAAACUGUCUCCACCAGAGGAGGCAACUUUACCGGAGGUCAAAGCUCUCACCUCAUACACAUUUGCUGUAAAUAGUAAAGAAAAUUUAGUUAAUAAGGUCGUAGAGUUCAGUAGGUUUUCUAAUUUUUUACGGUUAAAAAGAACAAUUGCCUAUGUACUUCGUUUUAUUAAUAAUUGUAAAGGUCAAAGAAACUCAAGUCAGGCAUUAUCAGUUGAAGAGCUGCAGAAGGCAGGCACUCUUCUAAUUAAACUUAGUCAGUUUGAGACAUUCUAUGAAGAAAUUGAAACCUUAAGUAAAGGCCAUCAAUUACAUAAAAGAUCAAAAUUAUUAGCACUUAAUCCUUUUGUAGACACGGAAAAGGUGCUGCGUGUAGGUGGCCGGCUAGGAAAUUCUAGCUUUGAUUACAACAAAAAGCACCCUGUGCUCCUGGAUGCGAAACAUAGCGUCACUAAACUCUUAAUGAAACAUGAACACUUACGUUUAUUUCAUGCUGGUCCACAGGCACUGCUCGCAGCCAUUCGUGAGGAAUAUUGGCCAAUAGGAGGAAGAAACCUAGCUCGCAUUACUACCAAGCAGUGCGUUGUAUGUACGCGCCUGCGAGGUAAAUCUGUCGAACCAAUUAUGGGCGAUCUGCCAGCCGUAAGAACUGACUGUAGCUUUGCAUUUAGUUCAUGUGGGGUAGACUUUGCGGGGCCAUUUAGAAUCUCCAGCCGUAAAGGUCGAGGAAACCGCAUAACAAAGAGUUAUUUAUGUUUGUUUGUGUGUCUAACCACUAAGGCGGUUCACCUAGAGGUAGUCAGCGACCUCACUUCUGAAGCAUUCAUUCUAUGUAUACGUAGGUUUGUGGCCAGGAGAGGUAAACCCUAUGCUAUCUAUUGUGAUAAUGGUCGUAACUUCAUAGGUGCAUGCAAUGAGCUGGGUAGAAUGUUGCAAAAGAGCCAAGAUUCGGUCUUCAAUUAUUCGGCGAACGAGGGAAUCCGCUUUGUGUUUGGGCCUGCAUAUUCGCCCCAUUUUGGAGGAAUAUGGGAGGCGGGCAUAAAAUCAUCAAAAUACCAUUUAAAACGAGUAGCUGGAGAGGCCUGUCUGACUUUCGAGGAGCUGGCCACCUUAUUUUCACAGAUCGAGGCCAUCCUAAACUCCCGUCCCCUCUCCCCACUCUCGUCAGAUCCAAAUGAUCCCACUCCUCUCACCCCAGGGCACUUUCUGGUGGGCAGGCCACUGACUGCCGUCCCGUCGCCACCCAUCACAGCUCUGCGGCCCAACCGUUAUGAGCUCAUAGAAAAAAUCCGCCAACAGUUUUGGUCCAGGUGGCAGAAGGAGUUCCUGGCCGAGAUGCAGCAGCGGUCCCGGUGGAGGACUCAGCAGCAAGGCCUCAACUGCGGGGACCUCGUGCUUCUACGGGAGGCAAACCUGCCUCCGCUCCAGUGGCGCUUGGGGCGCGUCACGCGCCUACACCCCGGCCCGGAUGGCGUCAGCCGGGUAGCGGACGUCACCACCACCAAGGGGACGGUCACUCGGGCCGUCCGCACCAUGUGUCCCCUCUUCCGGGACACGUCGAGUUGAAUCCUUCAACGCCUGGGAGGAUGUUACGGCCUGCGCCGCCUGGCAACACAGUCGGGCGGCGGGGCAAAAUGCUGGGGAAGCGCGUCCCGCGCUCCCUGGCAACACCGAGGCGCCCGCCGCGCAUCACGCCACCUGCGCGCGAGCCAAUCGCAGGCGGCGAUUCAAACUGCGCCUUGCGUCAUCCAACGGGAGGCCGCCACGGUGACGCCGGCGCGCUGGAGAAGGGGCGACGACGGAGGCGUCGAGAGCGGCGCUCGUCCACUUGGCUUCACGGGCCGUCGAGAUCAACACCACUGCCGAUACGUAACGGGUCCAACGAAUCUCUGCAGUCUAAAUUGUAUAACUUAAUCUCGAGUGAAUAAUUCAUUGUAAAGUUUUAAUAAUUAAUAUAAACCAGUAAUAAGUGUG